AUGAGUGUAACGGGUCAGCUGCACGGUGAUGGACGGAACCCAAAAGUAUUAAAAGAAAAGGAGCAGCAGGAGAGGCUGCGGGAGGCCGCGGCCUUGGGGGACAUUCGGGAGGUGCAGAAAGUGGUGGAGAGCGGGGUGGAUGUGAACUCCCAAAAUGAGGUCAACGGCUGGACCUGUUUACAUUGGGCAUGUAAGCGCAAUCACGGUCAGGUGGUCUCUUACUUACUGAAAUCAGGAGCUGACAAAGAGAUUCUUACCACAAAGGGAGAAAUGCCUGUCCAGCUAACAUCAAGAAGAGAAAUUAGGAAGAUUAUGGGAGUGGAAGAUGAUGAUGGUGACGGCGAUGACUACCCCCAGCUGAAGAAAGAGUCAGAACUGCCCUUUGUUCCCAACUAUUUGGCCAACCCAGCCUUCCCUUUUAUCUAUACACCUGCAUCAGAGGAUUCAGCCCAGCUACAGAAUGGGGGCCCCUCCACACCUCCUGCAUCACCCCCUGCAGAUGGCUCGCCUGCAUUGCUGCCCCCUGGAGAACCUCCCCUGCUUGGGCCCUUUCCACGGGACCACACCUCUUUGGCACUGGUUCAGAACGGGGAUGUGUCUGCCCCCUCUGCCAUACUUAGAACACCAGAAAGCACAAAACCAGGUCCUGUUUGUCAGCCACCAGUGAGUCAGACUCGAUCCCUGUUCUCUACUGUCCCAUCUAAGCCACCAAUGUCUCUGGAGCCUCAAAAUGGGACAUAUGCAGGACCAGUGCCAGCAUUCCAGCCAUUUUUCUUCACUGGAGCAUUUCCAUUUAAUAUGCAAGAGCUGGUACUCAAGGUGAGGAUUCAGAACCCAUCUCUUAGAGAAAAUGAUUUCAUUGAAAUUGAACUGGACCGACAGGAGCUCACCUACCAAGAGCUGCUCAGAGUGAGUUGCUGUGAGCUGGGUGUUAAUCCUGAUCAAGUGGAGAAGAUCAGAAAGUUACCCAAUACUCUGGUAAGAAAGGACAAAGAUGUCGCUCGACUCCAAGAUUUUCAAGAGCUGGAACUGGUUUUAAUGAUAAGUGAAAAUAAUUUUCUGUUCAGAAAUGCUGCAUCCACACUGACUGAAAGGCCUUGCUACAAUAGGAGAGCUUCAAAACUGACUUACUAAUGCAGCAGGAACUUUUAUUACUGAGUAUUGUGACAGUGUGCAUCACCUCUGGGCCAAGGACAAGCCAUUGAUCCAAUGCCUUGGAUGCCCAAGGAGGGCCCCUGAUGCCACUUCGUAGUAUAUACUAACAUCGUUCUGCCAAGGUAGGAAGCCCCUGACCCCCAAGCAGCGGUGCCACUCUUCCAAGCCUCUUGGUGCACAAUAAACCUAUUGCUUGAAGCUGUGAACAGCUGAGAAGUGGCCUGGAGAGGCAGAAGCCGACGGUUCUAUACCGAGUGUGUUUUCUGUGUAUGUAAGAGAGUUGUCUAGGCAGACGCUGAGAGGGAGCGGAGCCUGUUUCCAUCCUGUUGACGGUGCACCUGAAGGGCCAGGACGCACUUCUCUCGGUGCUGCGUGUUCACAACUCUCCUGAAGUGUGAACUGACUAGAGAGGAAAACGGGAAAGCCGAGGUACUGGACACAGGAAUUGUGGUGUGACUUGUGGCUUUGAGGUUUCACAUAACAUACUUAUAAAUGUUACUCAGGUUAAAAGUAUUUAAGAAUACAGUUACCUAAUGUAAAUACGCUGUUAACCAAAAGAGCUUCCCUUCCCCCCACAUUGUCCAUUAUAAACAC